AUGUCCAGCAGCUGGGCGGGCUCUCUACGUGCUGCCCAGGCCUCAGCUCACCCAUGGAUCUCAACAGAGGCUCUUCCCAGUGCCCAGUCCACUCUGCUGCCCAGGGAGAGAGGCCUGCUCCGUGGUGUGGUUUCCCUGCUUCCUUCACUCGUGUCUCAGGAAUCUCUGGCCGUGCACAUGCACGCUUCCUCUUUAAAACAUUUGACCUCUUGCACUCUUCGCUUUGAUCUGCGUCCAAUUUAG